AUGCAGAGGACCCACCUUUAUAUUAGUGUAGAGAAAUGCAGAGGACCCACCUUUAUAUUAGAAAAAAGGUUGCACGAGUAUUUAUCCUCACACCUUGAUGCUGAUAGUCUAGUGGCACAGGGUCCUCUUGUUGUUGUCAAGGAAGUACAAAGUAUAUCUUUAAUGGAAGAUGAAGUGAUUGAUGUAAUGAUUGAGUCUUACGUGGAUGCGUUAUUAGAUUUCUUGUACAUAAAGAACUCCCAGUUGCUUCUUUACACACACGAGCUAGAAGAACUUGCUAACCUAGUAUGCUAUGAGUCGUGCUUCACGUUUUGUGGUCAAGUCUACAGACAAAAAAGAGGGGUUCCGAUGGGAAGUCCCCUCUCAGGAAUCCUUUGUGAAUUAGUUGUUAGAAGACUAGAAAGAAGGGUUCUUUGUAGAUUCAAAGAAGAUAUCGUAUAUUUCAGCAGGUAUGUGGAUGACAUCCUUAUCUUAUGGAGAAAUAAUAGUAGGGUACAUGAAUUUAUGAGUAGAAUUAAUGAUAACAAUGAUGGACUUAAAUUGAGAUUAGAACAAAAGAGUACUUUUAAUGUGCACUUCUUGGACAUUAAUAUCCGGUUUAUGAAAGGGCAUUUGUCCACAAGCGUUUAUACUAAACCUACACACACCCCAUUGUACAUACCCUCCCAGUCCAUGGAUCCAUAUCAGUACAAGAUGGCAGCCUUCCGAACGUUAAUAAGGAGGAAUAAUUUAUAUUGUGACCGAGUCGGUGACAGAGCGAAGGAGAUUGAUAGAGUAUUGCAGGUGGCCCGGACCCUGGGUUACAGAAAAAGUGUAAUUGUAGGAAUGCUUAAGAAGUAUGAAAGGGGCAUAGUAAAAAAAACCUUAAGUAAUGUUCCUACUAGACUCAUGAAAUUUACUUAUAAUAGUAGUAUGAACAGUGUUAUGAAAGAAAUUGCUAGUCGAAAGGAAUCAAGAAUGAUUUUAAGAAGAGCCCCCAAUUUGUAUAAGAUGUUGAGAAAUGAUAAGGAUAGUAUCAAAGCGGAGGAGAAAGCAGGGGUGUAUAAGAUUCCUUAUGAGAACUUACAACUGGAUGUUAAAAAAAAUUAUAUCGGCGUCACCACCAAAAACUUGAGAGUAAGGCUCCAAGAACAUAAAUAUGUCAUAAGAAAAGCGUCUAAUUCAACGAUUUUGUCCCAAAUGGCGCAGGCCCAAGGCUCUGAGGUGAAAUGGGACGAGGCAACAAUCAUCAAACCUCAAACUUCUGUCUUCCCCAACUUUAGCAAUAACAGCGGAAAAGAUUGA